CGUAGCCACGGCCGAGGCCCCCUCCUGGAGUGAGAAGGGUGCAGCGCGCCCUCUGUCCGCUUUUUGGGGUGCAGAAGCAGGGAUUUGAGACCUGCCGGGGGUUCAGCGGCGCGGAACCCGUGUUCGAGGGCGCGGGGCGAGCCGGGCGCCAUAGCGGCGGCACCCGCGUCCCGCCCUCAACUCGCUCCCCUGGCCGUCUCCGGCGCCAUGUCGGGCUUCAGCCCGGAGCUGAUCGAUUACCUGGAGGGGAAGAUCUCCUUCGAGGAGUUCGAGCGGCGGCGGGAGGAGCGCAAGAGCCGCGAGAAGGACGGUGAAAAUGCGUCUGCUGAGGAAAACAGUGAAGACAUCGAUGCUCCAUCUUCAUCCAGAAAAGCAUCUGGGAAAUCCCACAGUCAGGAUGAAACAGAGGGAGAAACUGCAGAUGGCGUCAGUAAAUCUGUUCAUCGAGUCUUUGCAUCCAUGAUUGGGGAAAAUGAAGAGGAGGACGAUGACGAAGAGGAAGAAGAAGAGGAAGAAGAAACUCCUGAGCAGCCCACAGCUGGAGAUGUUUUUGUGUUGGAGAUGGUCCUAAAUCGAGAGACCAAGAAAAUGAUGAAAGAGAGAAGACCUCGCAGCAAACUUCCUCGUGCCUUGAGAGGUCUGAUGGGAGAGGCCAAUAUCAGGUUCGCACGAGGAGAACGUGAGGAGGCUAUUCUGAUGUGCAUGGAAAUCAUUCGACAAGCUCCUCUUGCUCAUGAGCCCUUUUCCACUCUUGCCAUGAUCUAUGAAGACCAGGGUGAUAUGGAGAAGUCAUUACAGUUUGAACUGAUUGCAGCUCACUUAAAUCCUAGUGACACUGAGGAAUGGGUUAGACUGGCAGAAAUGUCACUAGAACAGGAUAACAUUAAACAGGCUGUUUUCUGCUACACAAAAGCUCUGAAGUAUGACCCAACCAACGUGCGUUAUCUAUGGGAGAGAUCAAGCCUGUACGAACAGCUGGGGGAACAUAAGAAUGCUAUGGAUGGCUACAGGCGUAUUUUGAAUCUCCUGUCUCCCUCUGAUGGAGAGCGUUUUAUGCAGUUGGCUAGAGACAUGGCAAAGAGUUAUUAUGAAGCCAAUGAUGUCACCUCUGCUAUCGAGAUAAUAGAAGAAGCCUUUAGUAAACACCAGAGUCUUGUCUCUAUGGAAGAUGUUAAUAUAGCAGCUGAAUUAUAUAUUUCCUCCAAACAGUAUGACAAAGCGCUGGCGGUUAUUACUGAUUUUGCAGGAAUUGUACUUGAAAAAAAAGUGUCAGAAAAGUGUCCUACUGAGGAGAAAAAAGAAGAUACAGCAUCAGUGGUAGAAACUCAAGAAAGCCAGGAGGAGGCAGUGACUGACAGCCAAAGUCAUCCAGUUGCUGAAUUGAGCACUGCAGCUGUGGAGAAGGUUAGCUGCUGCAUACCUGAGGGGGUUCCCAUAGAUAUCACAGUCAAGCUGAUGGUGUGUUUGGUGCACCUGAACAUCCUAGAGCCACUCAAUCCUCUCUUGACCACUCUGGUAGAACAAAAUCCAGAAGAAAUGGGUGACUUGUAUUUGGACGUUGCAGAGGCAUUUCUGGAUGUUGGCGAAUACAACUCAGCACUGCCUCUCCUGAGUGCCCUUGUCUGUUCUGAACGAUACAACUUGGCUGUUGUCUGGCUUCGGCAUGCAGAAUGCUUGAAGGCUUUGGGACACAUGGAGCGUGCUGCGGAGAGCUAUGCCAAAGUUGUUGAUCUUGCGCCGUUGCAUCUGGAUGCAAGAAUCUCACUUUCAACACUUCAGCAGCAACUGGGUCGGCCUGAAAAAGCUCUGGAGGCUCUGGAACCCAUGUAUGAUCCAGAUACACUGGCUCAGGAUGCUAAUGCUGCUCAGCAGGAAUUAAAGCUACUCCUCCAUCGUUCAACAUUGUUGUAUUCCCAAGGCAAAAUGUACGGUUACAUAGACACUUUACUUACGAUGCUGGCGAUGCUGUUGAAGGUAGCAAUGAGCAGAGCUCAGGUGUGUUUGAUAUCUAGUUCCAAAUCUGGAGAGAGACACCUCUAUCUUAUUAAGGUAUCAAGGGAUAAAAUUUCUGACAAUGAUGACCAGGAGGCAGCAAAUUGUGAUGCGAAAGCAAUUUUUGCUGUUCUCACGAGUGUUCUGACAAAGGAUGACUGGUGGAACCUCCUCCUGAAGGCUAUAUAUUCCUUGUGUGACCUCUCCCGGUACAAGGAGGCAGAGCUCCUAGUAGAUUCUUCUUUGGAAUAUUAUUCAUUUUAUGAUGAUAGACAAAAGCGCAAGGAGCUGGAAUACUUCGGGCUCUCUGCUGCAAUUCUGGACAAGAAUUUCAGAAAAGCAUACAACUAUAUCAGAAUAAUGGUAAUGGAAAAUGUCAAUAAACCUCAACUGUGGAACAUCUUCAAUCAAGUUACUAUGCAAUCUCAGGACGUCCGUCACCAUCGCUUUUGUCUCCGCUUAAUGCUGAAAAAUCCUGAUAAUCAUGCAUUGUGCGUCCUAAAUGGGCAUAAUGCAUUUGUCUCUGGCAGUUUCAAGCAUGCUCUUGGACAGUAUGUGCAAGCCUUUCGUGCAAAGCCCGAUGAACCUUUGUACAGUCUUUGUAUUGGAUUAACUUUCAUCCACAUGGCUUCUCAGAAAUAUGUGUUGAAAAGGCAUGCUCUUCUAGUACAGGGGUUUUCCUUCCUUUUCCGGUAUUUGGACCUACGUGGACCAUGUCAAGAAUCUUUCUACAACCUUGGCCGUAGUCUUCACCAGCUGGGAUUACUGCACCUGGCAAUCCACUAUUACCAAAAAGUACUUGAACUUCCUCCUCUCACCUUGGAGGGAAUAGAAACUGAUCAGACAGACUUGAGAAGAGAUACUGCCUUUAACUUGUCACUUAUUUAUCAGAGCAGUGGAAAUAUCAGAAUGGCUCAGAAGAUGUUGUAUACUUACGCAGUUGUAUGAUGAAGUUUGUGUCAGUGAAUGACUCCUGUCCCUUCACAUGAAAAAGGCUUCUCAUGUCCCAGCAAGUACAGUCCCCAGCAUUGAACUAAUGCUUAGAAAACAGAAGCCAGAGAGGUCCAGCAUACAGGUUCCCUUUGCAUUACUCUGUUUGCAAAACUGUAUAAAAUACUCAGAAUCCUAUUGUUGUUUAUGUAUGUUAUAAAAUAGACUUGACAGGUUGUUUUUGUUGUAAUUUAUUUUUUAAGAAUUGCCCUAGAAAUUGACCAGUGUUAGGGUAUUACUACAAAUUACUUUAUUUUUGACCAUAACUGCUGCUAGAACUCUGAAUUAGUUUUUUAAAUCUAGGAGGUAUGUUUUUUUAACAUUUGUGGAAAAAAAAAAAGAAAAAUACACUCAGGAUGCUUUUAAACUGUUUUCUAAAUUGUCUUUAAACACUAAAUAACAGAAAGUUCCAUUUAAAUAAACCCAGUCAAUAUGGACUGGAAAAUUCACAUUGCUAGCAAUGUUCAGAGCAAGUGUUCAGAGCGGCUGCGCUAAACAAUUCUGAGUAUCUGGAAGGAAGAGAUGCUGCUUGUCUUGAGGAAAUCACAAGUAAGUUAUCUAGAGCUUUCUGGAAUGUUUGUGGAGAAAUGAAGGUAAAUGAAGAUAGGACUUAAAUAUUGUUUAGCUAUGUCCAACUUGCAUUAAUGGUUAUAAGGCAGUCUUUAAUUAGAUUUCACACAAUUAGAUUUUACACCAUUUAAGAAAUAUGUUACAUUGCUGUAGUGCAGCAGUGACAGACAUUAGAGAAGACUGGACUUCACACAAAGAGAGAGACAGAACAGACACCAUAUAAAUGUGAACUCCCCAAUGAAAAUAAGUUUAAACAGGCACAGCCCAUGUUAAUUGUCUUGCCUAAGGAAAAAGCAAAAUGCAGAACAUGAGAUGUGUACAGAAAAUACAUAUGUUUAUCUAGAUCACUAUACAACUGUUUAGCAAUUAUUGUGUUUGAAGAAAAGAAUUACAAGAUCUCAUGUAUCAUGUGCUUUUGGUGUUUGAAUGGGUUUUAUACAGUAGUUUUCCCCAAAGCUUUUGGAAAGAAAUAUCUUGUUUUGUGCCUUUCAAAGGGAUACAGGCUUCUAAUUUAUAUUGUUCCAA